AUGAAGGUGAUUCACAACCUUAUUUCGGAGGAACAAGUUGCUUUUAUCAAUGGUAGGUCUUUAUCUGAUCAUGUUCUCAUUGCUCAAGAACUAAAAGAGGGCUACUCUAAUCUAAUUAUGGAAUGUAUCACUGAUCCUAUUUUCAUUGUUCAUGUUAAUGGACUACUUACCAAUGCUUUCUCAUAUGAAGGAAAACGUUUGGGUUUUAAAAUUACUCCUAUGGCUCCUAGGAUUUCUCAUCUACUAUUUGCGGAUGACACUUUGAUGUUCUCUUUGGCCAAGAGGGAGAAUGUGUUGAAUAUCAAGAAAAUUACUUUUGAUUAUUGUUAUUGGACAAGUCAAAAGGUAAACUUCUCUAAAUCUGCUGUUAUUUUCAGCAACAAUAUAGAGAGAAGGAGGAAGAGGGAAUUAUCUAUUAUUUUGGGAAUUAAAGAGGUCAAGGAGAUCAAUGACUUGGGCAUUAAUAUGACGUUAAGAAGACAUAUAAAUGCUGAUUUUUCUAUCAUACUGGAAAAAGCUGCAGCAAAGUUGGAUAUUUGGGGAAACAAAUUCAUCUCUAUGCCAGGAAGAGUGAUUCUUAUAAAAAUAGUGGUUCAAGCUCUUCAUGUCUUCUAUUCUUCUUUGUCCAUGAUCCCAUUGAGUAUUUUGAAGAAAUUGGACAGAUUAAGCAGAGACUUUCUAUGGAGUAAAAAAAAUGGAAGUAAUGGUAUUCAUUAUAUAUCCUGGAAGGUUGUUUGUAGGCCGGAAAACCAAGGAGGCCUGGGGAUCAUAGCAGCUACAAACUCAAUUGAACCUCUCAGAGCAAAGCAUCCUGGAAUUUUUUGA